GAAGGGGGGACAGCAUGGAGACGGUGCGUAGCAAGCUAACUAAACGUUUCAUUCUUUGAUUGUUUUUCUACAAUAAACUUACUUUUUGAGUUAAAGCAAAAAAAGUAACAAAUGAAGAGAGUUAAGAAUUUCUUACCAAACACGAAAAUGAACAAGGCCACAUGACGAAAAAAGCUGGACAUUUUUGGGUUGUCGUGCUGGGGGUCAUUGACGCCACCACAGAGUUCCUUUGUUUCCUUUCAGUUGUUCUCUCCUCUUCUGUAUUUCAGUAUCUUCUGUUGAAAUUUCCCUCAAGAAACAAAGGUCAAUAAGCUUUAACUAUCGAUUUGCCAAAGUUAAUUGGCCGAUUACCUGUGUCCAAGGACAUCCUUUGUGAUCGUGUACGUCUUAGAAUCGUUUUACGAGGAGUUAUUAUUGUCAUCACUUUUUCGUUUAUUGUGACCAUCGUUGAAGGAAUUUUUUUUAUUAGUAUUCCUUCAAGUGAUUAUGUCGACCCAGGUGUCUUUUGUGCAAUUGACUCGUUUUCAAUGCGUUGACGACCACAGCAGAGAAAGGACCAACGUACAGUAAAAUAGUCAAGGCUAAUCAUAGCUAGUGAUGUCUACACGAUGACACGAGAAUGAUACGAUAUGAGUGGUAAUCAUCUGUAAAAUAAAAUGAGAUUUCGCUCGAACUCCCUUUGUCUUUGCAAACCAAAAGGUGCAGACGACGACUUUUUCGAAAAUAAUGGAUAGAAAAAUCUGGGAUGGAAUUUGUUUGGCCUGGAAAGCAACAGCUUUUGUAUAAAUGUUUCAAGUGUCCUCAAUGAAGUAGAAAGUGGCGGCCGGAUAACAAUGGUAGAGUCAGCAAGUAUUUGUUCUUCAUUGUACAAGUGGCUUGAAUGUAUUUAAUGUAUCUGAUUGGCUGGUAUUCCUUCAUUUUGUACCUGGGGCUUCGUGCUAGUAUUGUUGUUUGUGACCGUGGCAACCAGCAGCAAGUGUUACUCAGUUUGGUGAGACGUUGGCCUCACUCUGGCCAACCAAAACAGCUGGCUUUGCUGGCCCCCCUCCUUGGGGGUGCGUUGGGAGUUGAGAAUAUUUGGUGCCAACGGUGACAACAUACCUGCUGCUCAUCCACCUGGUGUUCUUCAAGAGGACAAUAACAGGCAAAACCAGCAACAGUUAGUCAACCGACGCCACCGACGUCAGAGGCAAGCCAUCGUUGCUGCUGCUGGCCCGAUGAGAGACGUUGCGAAUCGCCAAAACAAUAACGCAGUAGUGGCUCAACCGAGGAAUAACGAAGAACCACAAGCACCGGAGCGACAGCAACGACGUCGUUGGAUGGCAAACGGCCAGCACGCCACUUGGUUUCAAGGUAUUCAUUCCAUGGGCCACUCGUUAGGAUCGUCCUCGUCGGACGGGCCGUCUUCAUCUUCUAUCAAGGAUUCUUGCAGAAUGGUGAAAACAUUUCAGGCUUACUUGCCCGAAUGUUGUCACCGCACCUAUUCAUGCGUCCACUGCCGAGCUCACUUGGCCAAUCACGACGAACUCAUUUCCAAGUCGUUUCAAGGCAGUCAAGGACGAGCUUAUCUCUUCAAUUCUGUGGUGAAUGUGGGUUGCGGUCCGGCUGAGGAACGUGUCUUGCUCACGGGAUUGCACGCUGUCGCAGAUAUUUAUUGCGAGAGUUGUAAAACCACACUCGGCUGGAAAUAUGAGCACGCAUUCGAAUCGAGUCAAAAGUACAAGGAAGGCAAAUUUAUUAUUGAAUUGGCCCACAUGAUCAAGGACAACGGAUGGGAAUCGUAAAUGAAAACGCAUGGAUUUUUUCCUCUUCUUUUUUUUCCUUGGGCCUCAUUUCAAAGGGUUUUUUUUUUUUUUUUUUGUGCAUAGUUUCCGUCGAAUAGGUGUCGUAUUUGCCCAACUCGUUUGAAGCGGAUUUUUUUCGGCGCAUCAUUCUCGAUCUCUCUUAUUCUCUCUCUCUAUACUCCUCUCAUUUUAUAAAUUUGACGAGCGGGGACGUUUUGAUGACCAUCAAUCCACUUAAAAGUACCGUCUCCUCCAAUUUUUCCCCUUUAAUGUUAGGUUUGUUGCGUUAGUUAUUAGCCCUCCAUUUAUGUCUAAAAUUAUGAGUCUACUGGGGUCCACGAAAUCAGUUGAAUUUCACGACACAAAAUGGCAAAUUGUUUGCCAUCAGUUGUUCUUUUUUUUUCAUUUUUUUUUGCUGUUCUAAUCGUCUUUAAAUGUUUUACUUUUAUUAGACGUCCCCGUUCUCUAUUGUAGCUGCGUAAACCCUAACUAAUCCAACCCCCGUUCCUCCCAUAGUUUUUUAAAUUCUUUAGUUUAAUUCUCUUUAAUUAAUUCAAUCAAUUUCACAUUUUUACCCACCCCAGAGAUAACACGAACGCGAAUCCUAGUCAUUUAGUCACAUAUGUCGAUGCCUGGCGCUUUGUCGACUGCUCUUUCUUUCUUUUUUUUUUUUUUUUACCUACUACCCCAAAUAGUACGUACGUAUACUGAAGGAUAAGGUGUCGCUUUGAAGAAUCCAAAGUAAAAUUUUAAAGAAGAAAAGGAACAAUACUUACCCUUCGCUCCUACCACUAGAAGGUGAACCACUUCCUUUGUUUUCGAACAUUUUAUUUUUACGUUGUUAGUUAAUCGGUUAAUCCCCACUUCAAAGCCCUAAGUUGAUUUUCUUAGCUGAAUUUUUCGAUUCUUUUUGUUCACUGUACUUUCUCCCGAGUCUUUCACAAACACACUCACCACUUACGUCUAUAUAAAUAUUACCUAGUGUCCAUCGAUGCUGUACGCAGAAUCAAAUAACACACACACACACACCCACAAAAAAAAGGAGCGACUGUUAGCAUCGCGGACCUUCUUUGUCUUCAAAUCAUUGGGAGUUUUUCUAAAUUAAAACAUUUCUUGCAAAAAGAAAGCUAAAACAAUUCGGGUAAUAAUCGGUGGAUGGGUAGUGUCCUUGUACCUCUUUUUACCGUAUGUCGACAUAAGAAACUUUCUUUAAUCUGUAUGCAUAAAUAUAUAUUAUAUAUUAUCUUCAACAUUGCCGUGUACUCGCUCGUGAAAUCCAAGUUUAAGAAAUAAACAGAAAAUAAAACAA